UCACUUUACGCUUAUGUUUCGCACAGAAAACGACGACAACGAUAAUUACGAUUAUCAAUAACAAUCUUUUAAAACCGUAUCUGACGCAAUGGGAUCUUCCAAGAAACAUAAAGAGAAAGAUAAAGACAAGGAACAUAAAAAGAAAAGGAAACAUCGAUCUCGUUCUCGAUCUAAAGAGAGAAAAAGACAUCGGCAUGACCGUGACAGAGAAUAUUCGGAUCGUGAAAGAUAUCGCAGAGACGAUGGCUUCCACGAGAAUGAAGAUUACUAUCCCAGAGAACUGGAUGAUGUUGAUAGCAAGAGUUCCUUUAGAGAGUCCUACACAGAUGCUCCACAGACAGCGGGAGGAUCCAGUGGGGAUGUCUCUCUCAGCAUUGAAGAAACAAAUCGCAUCCGAGCCAAGUUAGGAUUAAAGCCCCUUGAAGUUGGUAAUGAGAAGAAGCAGCAGCACACUGAUGAUGGUUACUUAAUAACACAGGAAGGGGAUGUUCAUAAGCCUGCACUAAGUAUAACAAAGAAGAAAGAGACUGAAAAACUCUCAGAGAGAAUACAAAAAAUGAAGGAUAAAAGGAAAAUCAAAGAUAAACUUGGUACAAUAAAAACCCUGGGAGAGAGUGAUGAGGAGGAUGAUGCAUUAGCAUGGGUGAAAAAAAGUCGACAGAAACAGAAAGAAAAGGAGCUGGCUGAGAAAAGGGCCAAACAAUUGAUGGAACUUGAUGAGGCUUUUGGACUUGAGGACAUUGUUAAGGAAGAAUUCAAAGGCAAUCAGAAGGAGUACACAUCAAAAGAUCUCAAGGGUUUAAAGGUUGAGCACUCUGUUGACAGAUUUAAAGAUGGACAGGCUAUCAUCUUGACACUUCAGGACAAAGGGGUGCUGGAUGAGGAAGAGGAAGACACUCUGAUUAACGUGAACAUUGUGGAUGAUGAAAAAGCUGAGAAAAAUGUGGAGCUUAAGAAAAAGAAGCCAGACUACAAUCCUUAUGAUGCUGGCGAUGUGGAUGAAUAUGGAAUGUUUAAAGAGAAGAAUGUUCUUGAGAAAUAUGAUGAAGAAAUAGCAGGUGCAAAGAAAGAGAAGUUUCAGCUGGGAUCUGGUGGGAAAUUCAACACAGACCCAGAGAAACAGAUGGACGAGAUUCGCCGACAGCUACGAGAACAAAGCGAGUCCUUGGGAGGCGUGUCUCUGAAUCCCAUCAACGAGUACCUUACCCCACAGGAAUUAGCAGAAGCUGCCAAGUUUAAGAAAGUGAAGAAAAAAGUGAGAAAAAUCAGAAAGAAAGAGGCAUUGAAGGCAGAUGAUCUCCUUCCCCUACCAAAUCAAGAUCUUGAUGACACAGAUUAUGGAUCAAGAAAAAAAAGCAGAGGAUAUAUAAAGAAAGAGGAGGAAGAAUAUCCGGAUCAAGCCAGCCAUGAGAAUAAUGCCUACGGACAGACCGCUCCCAUUGUUAUAGACUAUGCUCAUGGUCACACCGCGGUCACCGUCAAAGAGCAGCCAAUGGAUGUAGACCAGCCCGAUGAGGAGGAAGACUUAAUCGGUCCAGAUGAGGAUUUAAGCAAAGUUGUGAUAGAAGAGGAUGAGGCAGAGAAAGAACUGCACUCUGCUCUGUCUAAAGCCAGGAAACUAAAGCAGAAGAAAGAGGGCUCAAGUGUGAGUAAGGUAGCAGAACAGGUGCUCUCCAAGGUGAAGGCUGAACCAGAGGAAGCCCUGCAGGACGGGAACAUUAUCCUGAAUGCGACGUCUGAGUUCUGUAGAACACUGGGGGAUAUCCCGACAUACGGACAGUCAGGGAACCGAGAGGAGGACCAGGAAGAACUCGUUGAUUUUGAGAAGGAGCUUGAGGAUAGAAAAAAACAAGAGGAAGACGAACAGGUUACUGGAUGGAACGCGGUGGAAAUUGACGAGACACCUGUUAAUAUCACCGGAGAGGAACAGGCUGUGUUAGAUGAUGAGCCGGUUGUAAGCUCUGGUGUUGGAGCUGCCCUGGAGUUGGCCAAAAAGAAAGGCUACAUUGAAGAUGAAGAAAAGAAGCUGGCAGGAGCCAGGAGAAGUAAGGCCAAGGAGGAGCUGGAGGUCCAGAAUUACUCCAUAGAGGACAAGAGAUAUGACGACCUUGAUGAAAAAUACAGCAGGAAGAGGGAUCGUUACAGUGGGGGAGGGGGGAUGAUUCAGGACUUCAAGGAAAAAGAUGGAUACAAACCCGACGUUAAGUUGGAAUAUGUCGAUGACAGUGGUCGAAUGCUGAAUCGAAAGGAAGCUUUCAGGCAGUUGUCUCACAGAUUCCACGGAAAGGGUUCAGGCAAAAAGAAAACAGAGAAACGAAGUAAAAAACAACAGGAGGAGCAGUUAAUGAAGCAGAUGAGCUCUACUGAUACACCCCUCGGUACCCUGAACAUGCUGCAAGAAAAACAGAGAUCAGAAAAAUCUCCUUACAUCGUGUUGUCUGGCUCCAAAGGAUUUUCAUCAAAUUCCAUCAUCAAACCAAGCCAAAAUUGAUUUUCAUGAGAAAAAGCGAAGUGGAUUUUCUGUUUAGGACUUUUUUAGUUUAUAUGAAAGAAAUAUUCCAUUAUUCAGUCACAACAGAAGGGAUUGAAUCUCUUGUUCAAUUGACUUUGUAGACCGCAGUUCACGUGCAAUGUUUAUCGUGUUACAUAACAUUUGAUUGUCAUUAUUUUAUCAUUAUUAAAAUAACAUACAAUGAAACUUGAACAAGUAC